AUGCAGCUGGCCAGUUCAGGCGGUAAUGCCGGGGCGCUCCGCCAGGGGGCGCCGGGGCGCCGCGAGGGGCUCGCGGGUGAGGCGGGGCGAGGCGAGGCGAGGCGGGAGGCGCGGGCGGGGCCGGGCGUGACCCGGAAGCCCACGGCGGGUUCCGCCCCCCGCGCCGGCAGAGGCAGGCUCGGACCGGCCCGCCGAGCUGCCGCCGCCCUUCGCUCCCGCCGCGCGGACACCAUGCUCCAGUUUCUGCUUGGAUUUACUUUUGGCAACGUGGUUGGAAUGUAUCUGGCCCAGAACUAUGACAUCCCAAAUCUGGCUAAAAAGCUUGAAGAAAUUAAAAAGGACUUGGAUGCCAAGAAGAAGCCCCCUAGUUCCUGAGGCGGCCUCCAGCACUGCCUUCUGGACACGCUGACUAUGCAGUUCUGGAGGGCCUCCUUGUCGCCUGAACCAAAAGCUUUUGUGUUAAAUUUCAGCCUCAGCAGUUUUCCUCUCCCGCUAGAUCCUGUGUUUGCCUAGAGCAACAGAUGGGGCUACAAAUCCAGAACUACCCUUUUCCAACCUCCUCACCUCGUCCCUUCCUCCUCCCAGCCUCCUGGGGUGGCCUGAGACUGGAAUUACGGUGCUAGAUUAGUGAACGUGACUUUCAUUAGUAGUCUCUCCUUUAUUCCUUGGGAUUUCUACUGUUUUCUAAGGAAAAAUUGAGUUUUGUAGAGCUGAUCAGAUGUAAAUAAUGCUGAUUUCACAGCCUAGCCAUUAUAAUGGGUAUGUAAACAUUUGGUACUAAAUUAUGUUGUUUCAAAGUAAUUAAAGUGCAGAAGCCACUUACUCCUGAAUUAUCCACUUACUUUAUACAGUUAUCAGGAGGCACUAUAGCUGCUAAUUUAAUCAUUAAUCGAUUUGCUACAUUAGCUGAGAAACUAUCCUGAGAACCCUGUCAGGAGCUAGGGAGUUUAAAACUAUGUAAAAUAAUGGCCUUUAUCCUCUGUGAAAUUCAGUCAAGUAUGCAUGUUUUUCCAUAAUGAUGUCUUUGAUUUGGCACUUUCCCCUCAAAAGCAUCUUAUUUUAAGGGAUCACAGGUGCAUUUGAUGUUACAUGAUGGAUAAAAGACAAGUCUGUAAAUGAAAUUUUAUGCCUUUUCACAUUAAAAAAUUAUUUACAUUGUAACUUUAUAGUGAUUCUCAUAAGAAAACUUUGAAGGGUUUUUUUUGUUGGUGGUGGUUUUGUUUUUAGUUUUCUCCCUGCGAUCAAAAGUCAUCAUUGUAUGUUGACCCAUAGGUGGAGACCUCUCUACGCCUCAUUCGGCAGGGAGAAGCUACUGAAGAUGAGACCUCCACCCAAAUGGCAAAGAUUUUCAUUGUCGAUGGGAGUGGGGGCCGGGGAGAUAGAGGGCGCUUUUAGGCAACAGGCAAUGGAAACCUGAGCGAGGCAGAAGGGCCCACAGUGACCUCACAAACAGGCUCAUGAAGCCAUAGGCCCUGACUGACCGAUGGGCUACAUACAGCGAGGCCGGGUUCUUAGGACUGCCCCAGAAGGGAGAAUUUCAUCUCCCUCUACUCCCUUACUCUGCCCUCUGACCGUAGCCCUUCGCCAUCGCCUCGUGGCAGUCUGUCCUUUGCUGUCCUGCCUGCUGCUCCUGUGGUCUUUAAAAAAGAAAAGAAAGAAAUCGCCACCGUAAUUUGUCAAAUGUAUAAUUAGUCCCUGUUUCUUUUAGUUAAGAAAAUGUUUGGAAAAGUUGUUCACUUUUCCCAUAGGUCAAGAUACAAAUGUGAUUCAGGAUAAAGGGCAUCUCCUGCUCCUGUGCUUCAGCUCCUAGUUCCUCUUCCUCGAGGCGGGCGUGGUCAGCUUCCUGUAUACUUUGAGAAAGAUUCUGUGCCUAAACAAAUACAUGUAUGUGUGGGGGGUGCGGGGGGAGGUUUUCACAUAUGAUGUGCUGUACUGGGCUCACCCCUGGCCUGAAGUGGAGAUCGUUCCAUAUCAGUAUGUAAGAAACAAGGAACCCAUUUCUGUUUUUUGACUCCAUGAGAUUCUACUGAAUGGAUAUACCAUAACUGUUACUGAGGAACAUUAGUUUUCCUGUCUUUUGCUGUUACAGUGAUAACCUUGAACCUAAAAUUUUUAUACAUAUCUGUGUGUGGUGUAGCUAUAAGCUAAAUCCCAAGUGUAAUUUACACUCACUAGAGAUAAAGUCUCAUUUGAUUGUGUGCUGUGUUUUAGGGGAUUUGCUGGGCAGCUCACUGAUCAUGCAUUUCUGAAGACAUUUUAGCAGAAUCAGUAAACUGGAAGAGUAAUUUAGAGACACCUAUAUUCAGACAGUGAUGACAUUGGUACUAUGUGAUUAUAAGACAAAAGGUUCUGCUUCUCUCUGAAAACGGGGAUCUCUCAUAUGUGGGUGUAGGUUUUCUUGCCGGCAGCUCACCCUGGUGUGUGAUACAGAUGGUGUGAUAACCGCACAUUACGGUUUGACUUCACCCUAGCAGUGAGAUCAUGGGCAGGUGUCUUAUCUUUCAGACACUGUCGUAUUCUCUGUAAGAUGUGGACACAAUAUCUACCUCAUACGCUCACUCGAGAAACAGUUGAGAUAAUAAUAUAUGUGAUGUGUUACACAGUGCUUUGCAAAUUGCGCAAUAAAUAAUAGAUAUUGGUCCAAACA